GGCCGCCGGAACCGGGGCUUCUGAGAUGACGCCCGGCGCUCCCUGCGCCCCGGUUUAGGAAGCGCCCCCGGAGCCAGGCUUUGGGGCGUCGCCGGAAGUGAGGGACUCGGUUUCCCUUCGGGAGUGCACCGCCUGGGGUGCCCGACACUCCAUCCCUGUCAGAAUCCUGCUUACCUAUGAAAUGCAGUUAACGCAUCAGCUGGACCUAUUUCCCGAAUGCAGGGUGACCCUUCUGUUAUUUAAAGAUGUUAAAAAUGCCAGAGACUUGAGAAAAAAGGCCAUGGAAGGUGCUAUUGAUAGUUCAUUGAUAAACCCUACAGUGAUUGUCGAUCCAUUUCAGAUACUUGUGGCAGCAAACAAAGCAGUUCAUCUCUACAAACUAGGAAAAAUGAAGACGAGAACUCUAUCUACUAAAAUUAUUUUCAACCUGUCCCCAAAUAACAAUAUUUCAGAGGCUUUGAAAAAAUUCGGUAUCUCAGCAAAUGACACUUCAGUUCUAAUUGUUUGCAUUGAAGAUGGAGAAAAACAAAUAGAUAAAGAAGACCUAAUAGCUAAGGUAGAAUGUCAGCAAAUUUCCCUGGAAAAUCUUCCUGAAAUAACAAAUAUUACAGAAGUAAAAAAGAUAUAUAAACUGUCUUCACAAGAAGAAAGGAUUGGGACAUUAUUGGAUGCUGUCAUUUGUAGAAUGUCAACAAAAGAUGUUUUGUGAAAUGACAGAAGCAUUAAAAAUGUUCAGCAUUUAUAAAAAAAAAAAA